GCACCGGAAGCGGCGCGCCGGCAAUGACGCGGCUGCGACUGCGAGCGAGCGGGGGCAGCGCGGUGCGGACGGGGACAGAGACCCGGGUGCGGGCCGAGGCGCAGCCCGUCCGCUUCCCUAACACGAACCCUAACCCUAAGCGCUCCUCCGCCGCGCGGGAUCGCAGUCCCGGCCCGGCCUCCGCGGGCGGACAGAAGGCACAGGUCUCCGACGGUCGGGCGCGCGAGUCCCGCGUAGGCCGGGAAAGCCCGGGGCGCGCGCGGUCGGGAGGCGAGGCGGGAGGAGGGGCGCGGAGGGAUCUGGACACCUCAAGCACGGCCAUGUUUUCUGAGCAGGCUGCCCAGAGGGCCCACACACUACUGUCCCCACCAUCAGCCAGCAAUGCCACCUUUGCCCGCGUGCCUGUAUCCACGUACAACAACUCCUCUCAGCCCUUCAGGCUGGGAGAACGCAGCUUUAGCCGGCAGUACGCCCACAUUUAUGCCACCCGUCUCCUCCAGAUGAGGCCCUUCCUGGUGAGCCGGGCCCAGCAGCACUGGGGUGAUGGAGUCCAAAUAAAGAAGCUAUGUGAGCUGCAGCCUGGGGAGAAAUGCUGUGUGGUGGGGACCCUCUUCAAGGCCAUGCCACUUCAGCCAUCCAUCCUCCGGGAGAUCAGUGAAGAGCACAACCUGCUGCCGCAGCCUCCUCGGAGCAAGUAUAUCCAUCCCGACGACCAGCUGGUCUUGGAAGAUGAACUACAGCGCAUUAAGCUGGAAGGCAGCAUUGACGCCUCAAAGCUGGUCACAGGGACAGUGCUGGCUGUGCUUGGCUCUGUGAGAGACAGCGGGAAGUUCCUGGUGGAGGACCAUUGCUUUGCAGAGCUUGCUCCUCAGAAGCCCGCACCCACCCUGGACACAGACAGGUUUGUGCUGCUGGUGUCUGGCCUGGGCCUGGGCGGAGGCGGGGGUGAGAGCCUGCUGGGCACCCAGCUGCUGGUGGACGUGGUGACAGGGCAGCUUGGGGACGAGGGAGAGCAGUGUAGCGCCGCCCAUGUGUCCCGGGUCAUCCUCGCCGGGAACCUCCUGAGCCACAAUACCCAGAGCAGAGAUUCCAUCAACAAGGCCAAGUACUUAACCAAGAAAACCCAGGCAGCCAGCGUGGAGGCGGUCAAAAUGCUGGAUGAGAUCCUCCUGCAACUGAGUGCGUCGGUACCCGUGGACGUGAUGCCAGGCGAAUUUGACCCAACCAACUACACACUCCCUCAGCAGCCCCUGCACCCCUGCAUGUUCCCACUGGCCACUGCCUAUUCCACCCUCCAGCUGGUCACCAAUCCCUACCAAGCCACCAUCGAUGGAGUCAGAUUCCUAGGGACAUCGGGACAAAACGUGAGUGACAUUUUCCGGUACAGUAGCAUGGAGGAUCACUUGGAGAUCCUGGAGUGGACCCUGCGCAUCCGUCACAUCAGCCCUACAGCCCCUGACACACUAGGUUGCUACCCCUUCUAUAAGAACGACCCGUUCAUCUUUCUGGACUGCCCUCACGUCUACUUUUGUGGGAACACCCCCCAGUUUGGCUCUAAAAUUUUCCGAGGCCCAGAGGACCAGAGGGUGCUGUUGGUGGCUGUCCCAGACUUCAGCACCACACAGACUGCCUGCCUUGUGAAUCUGCGCAGCUUGGCCUGCCAGCCCAUCAGUUUCUCAGGCUUCGGGGCAGAGGACGAGGACCUAGGGGGCUUGGGUCUGAGCCCCUGACUCACUGAGACCGUGCAACGGUCUGAGGGGGCAUUUGUUUUAUAACAAAAGCCUGAAAAAAAAAAAAAAAAAAGCCUGAUCAGAGCCCCUGGGUGGCUCAGUGGAUUGAGCAUCCAACUCUUGAUUUCAGCUCAGGCUGUGAUCUCAGGGUUGUGGGAUCCAGCCCAAGGACAGGCUCCGAGCUCAGUGGGGAGGCUGCUUGAGAUUCUCUCUCUCUCCCUCUCCCCCUGCUCACUCUCUCUCUAAAAUAAAAUCUUAAAAAAAAAAAAAAGAAAAAG